AUGGCAGCGCUGCGUCGCGAUGACAACCGCGUCAUUAUUCAUUUUGACUAUGACUGUUUCUACGCCAGUGUCCUCGAAGCAGAGAAUCCAACCCUGAAGACUCUGCCCUUAGCUGUACAGCAGAAACAGAUUGUAGUAACUUGUAACUAUGAGGCUCGUCGACGGGGUCUGCGGAAGCUUCAGCUCAUCAAAGAGGCGAAGCAAAUAUGUCCCGAAGUCGUCAUUAUUCUUGGGGAAGAUCUGACCAAGUUCCGAAAUGUUUCUAAGAGUCUUUAUGGAUUCUUAAAGGGUUUUACUUGGACUCAGAAGGCGGAGAGGCUGGGAUUCGAUGAGGUCUUUCUGGAUGUUACGGAUAUGGUCGACUAUAACCUAUCGCUAUUGAACCAUCAUGAUUUGGCAAAUUCAUUCUUUUGCUUGGAUAAGCAAGACCCGACAGUUGGGUUUCAAUUUGAUGCCGCAAGUUAUUGCGGUCCAACUUAUCCCGAGUUCACGGAAAAUUCCCUGUCUGGGAGUACAGCCGCCGGAGAUGACAAUUUGGCGCAACGACUCAUACUAGGCAGUCAUUUGGCAGCUUAUGUGAGAUCUCGCCUCGACAAUGAACGUGGGUACACAGCGACCGUCGGAAUUUCCACGUCGAAGCUAUUAUCAAAGCUGGUCGGCAACGUGCACAAACCCAACAGUCAGACAACACUCAUCCCACCAUAUUCGUCAACCGAUGAGAUCAGUAAUGUCAAUCGAUUUAUUGACGGCCACGAAAUUGGUAAAAUACCAGGGAUAGGAUUCAAGUCUGCACAGAAAAUCAGGUCCUACAUACUACACCGCGAGGCUACAUUUGAGCCGUAUACCGAACGGAAGGAAGAAAAUCAAGUCAAAGUGCGAGACGUUCGUCUCUCUCCAACAAUGGGCCCACCAAAAUUACUAGACUUAUUAGGUGGUUCUGGUGCUCCUAGGGAUGUUGGUGCUCGAACAUGGGGGUUGUUGAAUGGUGUGGACAACAGUGAAGUCAUGGAAGCGCGAUCCGUUCCUACCCAGAUUAGCAUUGAGGACUCGUAUAUGGGACUUCAGCAUUUUGAGGAUGUCAAGAAGCAGCUCCAGCUCCUUGCCACGAGUUUGAUAAAACGGAUGAGAAUUGACCUCGUAGAUGAUGAAGAUCGCGACGAUACGAAAGAGAAUGAUGGUCCACGUUGGAUAGCGCACCCUCGUACUCUGCGACUAUCAACUCGACGCAGGUCACCCAAGAACGCAGAUGGUUCACGGGACCAUAGCUACGCCAACGGGCGGAUAUCACGUUCGGGACCUGUACCAAACUACAUGUUUACCCUUGCAGAAAGUGCCGAGGCAGUGGCGGAAAAAUUAGUGGAUGACUGCCUUGUAUCCAUGUUUCGAAAGUUGCAUCCGGAUAAAGCUUUUGGAGAGCUUAGCUUGAUCAACGUCGCGGUUACUAAUAUGGUGGAGAGUGCGGGAGACGAUAAACAGAGUAACGGGAGAGAUAUUGAGAAGAUGUUCAAACGACAGGGUUCUCUUGCAAGUGCGGCUGUUGAAACAGUUCACCGGAAUGAUCAGUUGUACCAGGGUUCUGCUUCUGGAAACUUACCGGAUGCGACUACUGGCACUCAGGUUGAUGAAACGGCCUGGGAAGAGAGCGAUGAAGAAGAUGUACCAUCUACUCAGCUAUGCGAUAUAUGCGGCAGUCAUAUUCCACUGUUCGCUUUUCGUGCGCAUGCUCUGUAUCACGCUGCUCCGGACUGA